GCUAGAAUAGUCCGCUAUCGUAAGUCAUGGCUGGAAAGAAAGCGCUGGCAGCUCUGACUUGAAUGAAGCCAGCCUUACGUCAAGAGGGUGUGAUCCGUGUGGGUGUCCAGUUCGCAGUUUCAGCCUGUUCGGACUGUACACAGCGAAGUUAUCGCGUUCGGUUUUCCUUUCAGCACGUCCGUUAACGAGCUCCUCCGCCGAAGAUCAUGGAGAACGGAGAGACCACGAGCAAGCUAACUAGCUAACGUUAACCUGCAAGCCAGUUGAUAUCCGACGGAAUGGAAGAUGUGUUAGCUAGCUAGGGUUGGGUAAGAAAACGGUUUCCUGUUAUCGCUGGAGAGCUAGCUAGGUCGAGUCUGUCACCUCUGGGCUGAGGUUCGGCUGGCUGUUGACAGGAGAAGAUGCAGACCUUCCUGAGAGGUAGACGCGUGGGCUACUGGCUCAGCGAGAAGAAAAUGAAGAAACUAAAUUUUUUGGCCUUCGCUGACAUGUGCAGGAAAAGAGGGAUAGAAGUGGUUCAGCUUGAUCUGAGCCAGCCACUAGAAGAGCAGGGUCCGCUGGACGUCAUCAUCCACAAGCUGACGGACCUGAUCCUGGAGGCAGACCAGAAUGACACCCAGUCCCUGUUGUUGGUCCAGCGUGUGCAGGACUACAUAGAUGCUCACCCAGAGACUAUAGUCUUGGAUCCACUACCAGCCAUCAGAACCCUGCUGGACCGCUGCAAGUCCUACCAGCUAGUCCACCGAAUAGAGGACUGCAUGCAAGAUGAGCGGAUCUGCUCUCCUCCAUUCAUGGUGCUGAACAGUGAGUGUGGGCCAGACACAUUGGAGCAGAUCAAGCAACAUGGUCUUACAUUCCCCUUCAUUUGCAAAACACGGGUUGCACACGGAACCAACUCCCAUGAGAUGGCAAUCAUUUUUAGUGCUGAGGACCUGAAGGACAUUAAGCCCCCGUGUGUGAUCCAGAGCUUCAUCAACCACAAUGCAGUGCUGUAUAAGGUGUUUGUAGUGGGCGACUCGUACACUGUGGUUGAGAGACCCUCCCUCAAGAACUUUCCCUCUGGCCCAGCUGACAGAAAAGCUAUUUUCUUCAACAGCCAUAAUGUGUCCAAACCAGAGUCGUCCUCAGACCUUACCUCUAGAGAUAAUGUAGAAGGUGUUUCCCAACCGCCCAGUGAUGAUGUCAUCAGGGAGCUAUCUAGAUCUCUGAGACAGGCUUUGGGAGUGUCACUCUUUGGCAUCGACGUCAUCAUUAACAACCAGACAGGCCAACAUGCGGUCAUCGAUAUUAAUGCAUUCCCUGGAUAUGAGGGCGUUCCAGAGUUCUUCAACGAUCUCCUUAACCACAUUACCAGUGUCCUCCAAGGCCAGUCCUCCAACGACUGUCCCACUCCGCCCUCUGCUCAGCCCCCCUCUGGACAGCUAACAGCCCCGGCCUCAGGAGAGCGGAGCUGCGCCCCUUCGCAAGAAUGCUGCAGCCUGCUUGGCAAGGAAUCAGACAGCAGCAGCCCAUGGAUUGUGGAGGGUGAGGGAGGCCUGAAGGGUUCGUGCCAGAGACUGGGCUGCACCCCAGCCAUGUCCCCCAACUUCCAGCAGCACUGCGUGUCCACGAUAGCCACCAAGGCCUCCUCACAGUGACAGCCCCUCCCACCCCCCCACCCCUCACACACCCCCCACCCUUUUCCUCUGAACAAAUAGAGAAAAAGAAAGUGAAUAAUAAUAAAUAACAAUAAUUACUGAUAUUAAUAAUAUAUCUGUAAUCAGAAAUAAACCUUUUACUAUAUUGUUUAUGAUGGUGUUGAUAAUGGGGUGAUGGAUUCCUUUUGCCUUUCUGUAUUUUUUUUUUCUUUUCAGUCUAAUAACUCGCAGUACUGUAAUGUGAACUUUUGCGAAUUCAGCAUUGGUCAGCUGGUUUCUUCUAAUAUAUAUAUAUACGUUUGUCUGUUUUGUUUGUUUUAUUUUUGGAUCAUGUGGAGAAUGAGUGGAAAAUGGAGUUAACACACUAGGCAUUCGUAGCGAGAGGUCUGGCAUUGCUUAUGGCAGGAGGAGGGACUUAAUGUUGCAUUCAUUUGUCAGUGGACACAUAACCACCUAUAAAUCAGCCCUAGAAGAUUGCCAAGUUGUAAUGCCUUUGUGCUCCUUGUUAACUAUCAGUCCUGCGUUAAUAUGUCAUUGUGUAAGUGCAAAUCUCCCAGUCAGCUUCAAACUGAGAGCAAAACCGAUGGAAUAUAGCUACUUAUAAGGAAAAGAAGACCACCUUAUGUUUUCCUUUAGUGACCAUGGAAUGCAACUCGAAACCAUGGCUCUUCAGCUCAAAGCAGCUGAUCCUGUGAAAUUCAUAAAACUUUCAUAAAGCUUUAGUAAAAUAUUAUGACACUUGACUUUUUCUGUAUGAAUUUCUUUAUUUUGUGUAAAAUGAUAAACUGUGGGCGAACUGCAAAGUCAAGUGUCAUGAAUGUGUUUGAAAGAGUUAUGAAAGUAGACAAAUUUAAUACAUAAAAUGCAACAUUUAGAGUGUAUGGUUGUGUGUCUGUGCAUAUGUGUGUCUGUGUUUUUAACAGAAACUGUUGCAUUCCUGAAAUUCCAGUAUUUUGGGUGUAGUCUGGUGAAAUUGAAAUUGUUUUUGAACAGUACAUUUCUACAAAACAGCAUCCUCUUAAUUUAAAUCACACCCUUAGUUGAGAACAAAGAAUUGUUAUAUGGUAACUGUGUAUAUGGAGUCAAUUUGAUAUUUUGAAGUUGCACAGAAAGAGAAAUUUAACUCCAGGGCAAACGUUAAUGCCUGUAACAUAAGCAUUCCUGUUUUUAUUCCUGAGUCAAAGUAAUUUUCAGUUGUAUUCCUAUAUCUCAAACACAUGAGAAAGUAGUGAAUUAUCACUAUAAUUAUAAUAUUAGAGUAUAUUAUAGAAGUCCCAAUGACUUAUCUAAUUGGUAAAAGGCUUCAGUUGCUGAUUAAAUUGAUAGAAGGGAAAUGUCUGCGAGGAGUUGCAUUCCAAAGAGUGACUCAUUUAGCUUGUGUUGAGAACUGUAAUGAGGAGGCCAUGUGUUAAAGACUGGUCGGGUUCUCUUUCGGAAAAUGUCAAAUCCUGUUUUUUUUUCCCCUCCUGGUUUACCUGAAUGAAGGGCAUUUCUUUUACAGGCAUUACAGGUUUUAAAAUCUGUUGGUCAUGCAAAAUGUGCCAUCUCUGGCUGAUGUAUCUUUGUUGUGGAUGAUUCUACAGUCACUUGAUUUAAAUUAAUGUACUAAUUUUUGUUUACUUGCUAGUCAUGCUUUUUUUUAGUUAAUGUGUUAGUACAUGUUGCAAUAUCGGUGCUUUUUAACCAAGAUGGAAAAUCACUAAAACCAGUUUCAGUUCUCCAUGAUAUGGAUCAAACUAGAACAAAAUGGUGUGAAAGUUAAUUGAUUUUGACUGAUUCAAUGUUACUUUUAAAAGGCAAGUAACAGUUUAGCCUGUAAUCUGCAUAUGGAUAUUUAGUGGUUUACCUUUGAUUAGUAUUAUAUUUUUUUUAUUCUUUUUUUUUUUUUUUUUUUUUGACCAAACCAGGUUAUUCAUGUGGUCGAUCACAUACACAAGAAGCUCUUUUGUUUGUUUGUUUGUUUUUUCAUUGAAAACGUUGAAAACCGUUACAGAGGACUUUGCAGAUGCAGUCUGAAAAACUAACUUAUGAUGUUAAUGCUCUGCUGUGUUCAGUCAAUUCCCUUUUCAUACUUUAGGAACUGCUUUGGCUCAUUGGGAUGUAAAAAUAACACUGAAGCUUCUGAGUCUUUGAUUUGUAGCGAAGAACUCUGGUACUUCGACUGAGAGGAGCUUAAGGUGACUUCCUGUGUAGUGCUUUCCUUGACCUGUAGGAGUCCACUUUUAAGAGUGGAACCCUAAACCUUUUCCGUUCAGUGUGUAUAUACCAAAAUGUAAAAGCACCUUAGCACAAAAGUGAUUUCAGUGAUCAGCCUCCAUCAUUCAUUUACUGGAUUGUUUCUUUUUUUUCCUUUCUGCUUUGGUGGAAUAUGACACUUUUACCAAUUUGUGUCUGCCUAUCUAAUGGACAUUAUGAACUUAACAUAUUCAAACAUGUAUAGACAUGAAAUGAGUGCAGUUCUCUCCACUAAAGUUCUUUUGCCAAUCAUAGACUUGGUCAUAGAAUGAUUGGAAGAGUAUUUAUCUGACAGGUAGGAAUCAAAACCUUUAAAAUGUAAGGUUACAGUUUGCUGCAUGACCUAAUAUAGGCCUGAUUCUUAGCCUUGUGAGGUGGAGAGAGUAUGACAGCUUUGUACACUGCUCUACUUUGUGUCUCUUUAUUGUGCUCUUGCCUUUAUUGUGCUUUGAAAUGGAAAAAGACCCACCCUACUUAGUACUCCAACUUGUCAUUGUUCUUGACAUCCACUUGAAUGUUUACUUAGAUAUGAAAUAGACAAUGUAUGUAUACAGUGCACAACCCUACUAUAUCUGCAUACAUACAUUCAGAACAUGACGUACAGCAUAUUGCGUUUUGUAAGUUACAGAUCAAUCUACACUUUGUGAUUUCUUCCAGAUAAAACAUUUUAAAAAUUAA